AUGAGCAGGUGCUUGGGAUUAUUUUCUUAUUAUGCGAGAUGGAUCCCAGCGUUUUCAGAUAAAGUAAAGCCUCUUUCCAGCUGCAAGACCUUCCCGCUAUCCCAGCAAGCUGUUGAUGCGUUCGAAAGCCUGAAGAAAUCAAUAGAGAAAGCUGUUGUUACUGCUGUUGACGAAAGUAUUCCGUUUGAUGUUGAGACAAACGCCUCGGAUGUGGCUUUAGCAGCCACACUCAACCAAAAUGGUAGACCUGUGGCCUUCUUCUCACGAACACUCCAAGGCAGCGAGUUGAAACACGCAGCUGUCGAGAAAGAAGCUCAAGCCAUUAUCGAAGCAGUGCGCCAUUGGAGACAUUUUCUAACAGGGAGACAUUUCACUCUCAAAACUGACCAAAAGUCGGUUUCGUAUAUGUUCGACGUCCAACAUAAAGGAAAAAUUAAAAAUGACAAGAUAAUGCGUUGGAAACUAGAGUUGGCUUGCUACAGUUUUGAUAUCGUUUAUCGUCCUGGGAAGUCGAAUGUUGCACCUGAUACGUUAUCUCGCGCUACUUGUGCUACAACGUCCGAGUCACUCUACAACCUUCAUGAAUCACUUUGCCACCCGGGUGUUACAAGAUUAUACCAUUUUGUCCGAUCAAAGAAUCUCCCUUAUUCUCUCGAGGAGAUAAGAAGGAUUACAAGAGCAUGCAAAGUAUGCAACGAAUGCAAGCUUCAGUUCCAUCGCCCGGAACAAGUUCAUCUCAUCAAAGCUACGAAACCGUUUGAAAGGCUCAAUGUGGAUUUUAAGGGCCCGCUGCCAACGACUGAUAAGAAUCGGUAUUUCCUCAAUGUGGUCGACGAAUUUUCACGAUUUCCAUUCGUGUUUCCAUGCCCUGAUAUGACAACAACCACUGUGAUCAAGUGUCUCACUACGCUCUUUUCUCUUUUUGGUAUGCCAGCUUAUAUUCAUUCUGAUCGAGGGGCAACAUUUAUGAGCGAAGAACUGCGAACCUUCCUUAUCGGAAAAGGAGUAGCCACAAGUCGUACAACUAGUUACAAUCCCGAAGAAAAUGGUCAGGUAGAGCGGUACAAUGCCAUAAUCUGGAAAGCAAUCGUCACCUGCCUUAAAUCGAAGAAUCUUCCAGUAAACUAUUGGCAAGAAGUUCUCGCGGACGCUCUACAUUCGGUGCGCUCACUUUUAUGUACAGCGACAAACGAGACACCCCAUGAACGUUUCUUUAGUUUCUCCCGAAGAUCAACCGUUGGAAGCUCUAUACCUUCAUGGUUAUUACAGCCUGGACCUGUUCUGAUUAAACGUCAAGUCCGAUCAAGCAAACAUGACCCGCUCGUAGACGAAGUAGAAUUGCUUCAAGCUAACCCUCAUUACGCUCACGUGCGCUAUCCAGAUGGCAGAGAAACGACCGUAGCUAUUAAGCACCUUGCACCUCGGGGCCAGGAAAUGACCUGUCAACCAUCGGUGGCACGAAACGACAACAACUCAAUCUCGAAUGCUGAGGUAACGGGCAGUCCUGCUGACGAUACAACUGAUGAGCCACGAGAUUUCGGAAGAUCAAACGGAGAACAAGGUGACUCAACCCACAACGAACAAUCCUCUUCGAUAGAGAAACCAGGAAUUAGUCAUUCGGUAGAAGAACAUAAUGCAGACUUUUCCUUAAGACGGUCGACACGCACGCGUCGACCUGUUGACAGAUUAAACUUAUGA